AUGUUGCUGACAACUUUGAUCAAACUUUCAAUCCGAACAAUUGGUAACCGUACUCUGAUGUUGACAUUAACAGAUGUAGGAGUUCUCACUGACAAUAUAUCUGUAAACUUUGGAGACAAGGUCUUCCCAAAAUCUAUAGCGUUUGUUUUACUUGUUGCAAAAGCAAAUUUAACGUAUUUUCGUAAACUAGAUACUAAUUGUUUAUUCACAAAAGAAGUGUAUUAUCCGAGUCGAAGUCGUCUGCACUGUGCAACCAUAUGCGUGAGCAAUAAUUCUGACAUCUUUAGCCACAGAAAAGGGGAAUGCUAUUGUGUCGAUAGCAUUGAUGAAUACAGUGUUAUUAAAAUAUCUGUCAUCUAUCCCGUCUAUGUGAGAAAAAGUGAAAUACUGACAGUGAAUUUCACGCGCCUGUGUGUUCCAGUUUCAAAUGCAUCAUCAAGCUCCACACUAAUGCCCCUGCUGUCCACAUGUAGAGUGAAUGCUUCUAUCAUUCUUUACAACAAGAAACUGGUUCUCUUCUCAAGUAACACGGUAUUUUUGUAUGAUGACUAUGAAAGACUAGACUCUGGACCAUCAAGAACUUGUCCAAUUAGUGACUUAUUUGCUGGAAUAACUGGAACGCUGGAUGCUGCUUAUGAUGACAAUGACACCAUAUCAUUGAUCCAAGGUUCCGAAGUUUAUACAUAUGCGAUCUCAACAAUACUAGAGGAAAAACAAGCAACAUUAAAGAGAAAAGAAAAGACAAAUGUUACAUUUAAACUUGGACUUGCUAACCAAUCCUCAACUACCAUUGACUGUGUCAUUAAGGAUACCAAUAUGUUUUAUGUAUUUGCUGGAGACUACGUGUAUGAUGUGAGCAAAAAUCCACCAACGAUCAUAAACUGGAAAUCAAACAGUGCAAAGAACCCAUUUAAAUCCACCAAUCACAGCUCCCGCCCUCAUUACGUGGACGCAUGCGCAAACUCUAAUUCGCAAAAACUUCUCUUCUUUUCGGGAUCUGAGCACUUCUACUAUGACUUCUCUACAAAGCAUGGUUUUUGGACUGAACGAAAUCAAACCAAGUGUUGAUUUGAAAUGAAAUGCGUAAUAAGAAUACAGUACAAUGCAUAUAAUUAUAUAAAGAAGUAAAUAAAAAUUCAUUUUGUUCAGAUUCUCAUGUAGAAUUUAAA